AUGAAGCCAAACCAUCUCUACAACGCUCUCCUUUUCCUCGUCCUCCCUAUGCUGGGCUACGGGGCUCCAACUUCCACCACCACCACCCGACACCAGGCCCGAGAUGUGAAGAUCACAGCAGCGCAGAUCGAGACCAUCGCGCCCAAGUCAAAGUCGUGCACGGACGCGCCCGCCCCGGGUGAAUGUGCUACGUCCGAGCAGGCCGCGGGCAACAUUGCCAAGUCGUUCGAGACGUACAAGGUGACGUCGGUUGCUGAGCAGGCCGCCGUGAUCGGGUUGAUGGCGUUUGAGAGUCUGGACUUUGAGUACAAUAGGAACCAUUUCCCCGGUGUUGCGGGGCAGGGCACUCGGAAUAUGCAAUCGCCUGCAUUCAAUGCCAAGUACGCGGCUUCUCUGCCGGCUCUUGCGGACAAGUUGAAGGGUGUCUCGGGCGACCCGGCGGGUGUACUUGACCUGUUGCUGUCGAACGAGGAAUAUGAUUUUGGUUCCGGGGCCUGGUUCCUCACCACGCAGUGCUCGCAGGAUGUACGGUCGGAGCUCCAGUCUGGUUCGGAGGCCGGGUGGCAGAAGUAUAUCACCAGUUGUGUGGGGACAGAUGCGAAUGAAGAGCGCAAGGCGUACUGGACGCGGGCCGUGCAGGCGCUGGGUGCUUAA